ACCAGUGGCUCUCAGUAGUUAUGUCCCUUGCCUUACCUGUGAAACGUUAAUUACAUAUGGCGUCUAUUUCCGUGAUUUUGUGAAUUGAAGGUUUGCAGAUUUAAAAAAAAUGAUUUCAUUUAAAACAGCUGUAUUUACUGUGGCCCUUUUCGGAGUAAUACAAAAAGGAGCGGCCAUAAACUGCCAUCAAUGUAACUCAUGGGAUGGGGCACAAUGCGGUGACAGGUUCGAGGGACUUACCUCGUACGAUGCUGCAGGAAAUGCAGAUAACGUUGAUGAAUGUGGCAUGCGUGACACACACUGUUUGAAAGUUAAAACUACGCUGAAGUUGUACGACUCGGGCUUUAUAACCGGAGAACCUAAAAGGUCCAUUGUAGUCACCAGAGGAUGUGUUACAGCACCAGAUGCAGGGGAGUUCUGUGAAGCUAUAGACAUGGACUCCGGCAUGCAGAUCCGAUGCCUGUGUUCUACGGACGAGUGUAAUCUAGCUGCAUCACAUGCCCCAAGUCUUCUGCUGGGUCUUUUGUCGGCUCUGACGUCAUGGUUACUAUUAAAAUAUUGAAACACCUUUAAAAUAAUGUGAUGGAAAGCGCUUUUAAAAUAGUGGCUCAGACAUUUUAAAAAACCCACCUCAAAACAAAUUGUAAUACAGAGAUUUUUUUUUGAAUAAGUUUCAUUGAGAUAUGGAGGAUUUUCUGCACAAAAUAAUAAUGUCUGAGAGUAAUGCAAGUUUUAGUAAAGGAAUGCUUCUGUAUAUACGUUUACUCUGAAAAGAGUGUGUUUUUUGUUUACUGAACAUGAUAUAUAUUGAUUAUCAUGAUGAAAUAUGUUUGUGAUUAAUCAUACCUGUUUAUGUCUAUGUUAGUGAAACAUUUUAUGUAUCUAAAUACAUGUUAAUGAUAACAACAGUAUGCAACACAAGUUUUCAGUCCAGAUAAACAUACUUAUUUACAGCCAGUAUUGUAUAGUUACUUAGAUGUGUUUUAGAGCAAUAUUAUAGCACAAUUACAUUAUUACUGUGUCAUAGCAUGCAAUAAUUUUUUUAAACCACCGCUGAAAACCCUCUGAAGAGGUAUAUUUAAAGCUCAAAUAAUUAUGAUUCAUCAGGAUAUAGCAUAGUACUGUCAGUAGUCAAUUCUAUCUAAUGUUAUUUUACAUUUCUGGUCUACAUACUGAUUACUUUUUGCAAAUGUGAAGUUACGACAAACAUUAGAGUUAUCUUAUAUCUGAUCUGCAAAAAAACAGAGAUAAUUAACAGUUUUAAUGAAAAAUGUAUGUAUGACAUCCGAACAGAUUCUUUGGAAUAAUAGUUAUACAAACUAAAGAUUUCUGUACAUAUUAGUAUUGUUCUUUUUUGUUUUAAUAUAUGCAAUAUAACUUUUAAGUUUUGCCAUUUUACUUUUGUACAUCUUUUUAAUUAUAUUUGAACUGUAUUUUUAUAGACAUUUUAAAAAUAUAAUCUAGAUUGAAACCAAA